AUGUUUCUGUCAAACGCGGCCGUACUCCUCCUGCUGGGCGCCCUGCAGCCAGCCCUCGGCAAACCUGCCAUCCCGCGCCCUAUGCUGGAUGGAAGCAAAAACGAGAUUGCAAGCCAGUGGCUAACCGCCACCGAAACCGUCAUCAAUUACUUGGCCCCGAACCCCGGAUGCGGCGCCAAUGUGAAGGCCUGGGUCGGCGUGUGGUCCGCCGACGCCUGCAAUCCCUACACGGCCGACUUCAAGGCAUGGUCGUACGUCGAGCCCACCCAGGGUGAUGAGAUCCGCGCCGUCAAGUUCAACAACGCUGAGCUCGGCAUCGGCGAGUACAAGGCCGCCUUUGUCUGCGAGGACGGCAGGAGGCAGCCCUGGAUGGUCUCCCAAACCUUCAAAGUUGACGGGGCACCCCCUGCCCGAAAUGGCCAGUGUGUACACCGACGGUCCACGUACAACAACGAAUGGACGUAUACUUCGUGCGACAAGGUCAAGGAUCUUUGCUUCGACUGCGCCGUUGGGGCUAGAUGUAUCGCCUGCGAGGACUGCAAGAAGCAGUGUGGAAACGACAACUAG